CAUUCGUCAUAUGGAAGGCUAAGCAUACUAUAUUCAACUGAAUUGCAACGCCCAUUCAAUUUUUGUACAGUUCAACUACACUUUUAUCCUUCAUGCAUGAUGACUAAAGAUUCACUUCAAUCAUUUUCAGCGAUAAUAGUGGUGUAAAAUAUUUUUAGAAAUGUCAAACUCAAUUUGUACAUUGCACAAAUAUAGCAAUAAAAGUGGAAGAUUCCAAUGGAAAGUUAUUUAUAAAUGGGAACAAGUAGUUCAGCAUCAUUUUAGUCACUCUGCUUCACUGAAUUACCAGCAAAUAACAUUUGCAUACAUCAAAUUGACCAAAAGUCUAAUGGACAUGACUUAUGACUUACAGCAUGGACUAGACGACAGUGAAAAUAUGGUUAGUUUUGAGAUAACUAGCCUUUAUACAAAUAUACCGAUUGACAUGGCUCUAGAGGGAGUUAGAAAUGGGCUUAAAAGUAACAAAGAACUUAAGCAUCGAACUAAGGUGCCGACUGAGGAAAUCAUACUAGGAGUAAGAUUGUGCCUAACAUCUACAGCUUUUAGGUUUCAAAAUAAAAUAUAUAAGCAAACUGAAGGUGUUGCCACGGGAUAACCAAUAUCCCCUAUCGUCGCAAACAUAUCGAUGGAUAGUUGAGAACAGGUGGCCCUUCAAACAAUUAGUCCUAAUCCAAAGAUGUGGUUAAGAUAUGUAGAUGAUAUUUUUACAGUACUUAAUUCGGAACACAUCAAU